GUCCCGGCAGAACUACUGCAGGGUAUUGUUGAUAUCUGAAACAGGAUCAAUGAAGUGUGCCACUGAGCAACAGACAGCUGUCUGUCUUUGCAGUUAGCCUUGAAAAAUACUGACAGUCCUUAUCCUUAUCCCUGGGGCAAGAACUAAAAGUAACACGAGACACUGAUGGAACAGUCAGCAGCCGGGAACUCUGUCCUCUGGGACUGCAAGAUAAGAGAAAUCACUACACCAACAGUUUCAGGGCAUGAGGUGUGGGCUGCCUGAGAGGAAUCCCUGUACUAGUCUCUGGAGGAAACUCUCACCAAAUAUGGUAAAUGACGUCACGACACGUGGAGCAUUUCGUGAGAGGUUCCAGACAACACUAUUUCCCACUUCCGAUCCUGGAUGAAUGACUAAGGACUACUGCGAGCGCUGAAAGUUGUUUUCGAAGGUUUUUGGACGAUUGGAGGAAAAAACAAGGAGAUAUUUCUUUCUUCUCUCCCCCUUCAAGACUUCUUUGGACUCUGCCGACAACGCAAUACGGUGGGCUUGCCCCGAUUUUGAAUUGACACAUAAGGCUAAACCACUUAGUUUCGUGAGAACUGAAGACUAUAUAGACGCAUCUGGAUUCAAGUUUCUUUUCACUGAAAAAAGCGAGGAUGUAUCGAAACUUUGGGAAUCAAGAAAGAGGCAACCCGCCGUAUACAGGCAGCUCUGGGGCAAACCCUGCGUCCCUGGGAAGCACCAGCACUUCAGCCACACAACAGGAGCAGUUUACAAUGGCAGGAACCAGUCAGUUUAUCCCCAGCCUCAAUGCCAUCACAAGCAACCAGGACCUCCAAUGGCUGGUCCAGCCCUCGCUCAUGCAUCCACCUGGCCCUUCUCGAUCACCAGUACCUCCUUACCCAAUCCACCCAGGGGUGCGGCCGCUGGGUCCGCCACCUUCCCAGUCUCACCUUAUCAGACCAGGGGUCAUAAGAGCUUCUGCAAACAGUCCAUCUUCAACAAGGCGCAGGAAUGAUGAACAUUUAUCACAGGAAGAAAUGGAAAGGCGCAGAGUAAGAAGGGAGAGGAAUAAACUGGCAGCAGCAAAGUGUCGCAAUCGGAGACGGGAGCUGACAGACUCCCUGCAAAAUGAGACAGACCAGCUGGAGGAUGAAAAGUCCCGCUUGCAGAAGGAAAUAGCUGAACUACAAAAGCAGAAAGAGAAACUCGAACUGGUCUUGGAAGCUCACCGGCCCAUUUGCAAAAUAGAGGACUCUGAUUCGGAUUCUGACCCAGGUGUAUCCAUUUCCUCUCUGGGAGCCAUCAAACUGGAGCCAGAGGAUUCCUGCAGUCCUGGACCUUCAAUCAAACGGCCAACAAAGAUGGAGAAGCCCAAACCAAAGAUAACUAUCCCCAUAAAGCCCAUAACAUCAACCGCCUCUGCUGUUGCCACUGAAUCAGAGUCACUUCACACCCCAGUUCUCUCCACGCCCUCUAUAAUGCCCUUCACAGCUGGCACGGUUUUCACCUAUCCCAGCGCCUCUUUAGACACCAGCGCCUCCAGCACAUCCCAUGUUACAUCACAUCAGGGAAGUGUCCAGCAGUCUCAGGCCCCACAGCCCUGCGGGGUAGCUCAUCGUCGCAGCAGCAGCAGCGGCGACCAAUCAGAUCACUCCCUGCACUCACCAACCAUCCUCACACUGUGAUCGACAGCCCUGCCUUACUGGCAAUACACUAAUGUUGAUUUCAGUGCAGUUAGUCAGUGCAGUGUGCAUGACAAAGGAAGUCAAGCAAAUGUGAUGGAAGUGAAAAUGAUGGUUGUUAUCAUUUCAAAACAAGCAAUGUGUAUCUGCUUGAUGUCUUGAGAAAGUUGAUGCCUUUCUUAGAUAAUAUGCAAAUCUGUGGCAUUAUUAGAAUAUGAAUGUUACACUCUUUAUAGUUUUUAUAUGAAUAUAAAAUCUUUAUAUUUCUAAUUUUCAGUUAUAAAUUAGAGUGUUUGAGAUUUAUUAUGAAAGCACUGCAUGCAGAAUAUAUUCUCUAACGAAUUAUACAAACUUUGUUGCGAGAACUGUGAUAACUCCAUAUAUCAAUAGAUAUAAUACAUUAUAAUAUUUCCUUUUAAUAAGUUGCUACAUUGUUACAGUAUAUUGUAAAAUUCCUCAAAAAGGGAAAUUGGGUGCUUUAACUUACAGGUCCAUAUUUUUAUAUAGACCCUUUCAGAACCCUAAUAUUGUCUAUUUACGAAUUACUGACCACUAAGGCUGGGCCAUAGGCGUUAUUAUAGAUGAAUCAAUCACCUAUUUAUUAUGGAGAAUAUAAUAUAUUUUUGGUACUGUUUAUAUGUAUUUUCUCUUAAAAAUGACCUGUUUGGGUGGGCAGUGCCUUACUUUUGUCUCUUGUUUCUGAAACAGACAAUAAAGAAGAAAGUU